CAAUCAACGUUCCUGCCCUGAAUCCUCUUCCACUUUUCUAGCAGUUGAGUUUCACACCACGCCUUCCUAAUCGCAUCGCGCACAAUUUCGGAACAAAUCUCGGCGUUUCGCAGACUUACAAGUCGGUUUUCUCAUCUGCAAGUUGAGCUAGUCGGAGCUGGGUGUGUGUGGUGACCAGCGAUACGCUUCAAUUGGAGUUUUAGGGCUUUGCAGCUAUGGCAGGGGUCGUAAUUAGAGUUUGCACAACCUGGGGCAGAGUUUUUUCUUUAAUGCCGAGGCAAGCCGUAGGCGCUGUGAGAUACAGCAAUGUGGACGCAGCUCGGGGAGUGGGGCCGGUAAAAGGCGCUGAAAAUGACCCUGCAACGCGAGGGAAUGCCCCUGACGACAGACGUGCCGGUGAUAUACAUAUCGCGGAGCCUAAGGAGAUUACAAAGAAGAAAGUGGCCGAGGUAUCGGAGGAGCCUGAAGGCCUUCAGGGCAGUAAGUUGAUGCCAGGAUUUGAUAAACCCAUCAAUCCAGACGCAAAACCACAGAGUACAACUGUUGAUCAAAACCAUUAGGCAAGCCUAUUUUCAAAAGUCAUGUUUUAUUGUAUAGCUCAAACUGAGUUGACUGGAAGCAGCAGAGGACGGACGGGCAUCAACAUUGGUGGAAAGUGUUUAGAAGCUGUCUGGUUGUCACGGAAAUGUAGUUAGUGUGUUGCUAUCUGGAGGAUUGAAGCGAAAUUUGCUUCAUAACAGUUAGUGCUUGCAUAAGCCGGAUGCACCAACUGCAGGAGUAGAAGUGGGAUAGUAGGUCAUGCUCAUUGGCAGCAGAUUUCUUUUAAUUUCUGAAUAAAGUCUGCAUGCACGUUUACACCCCUGAAA